GACUGAUAGGGGCGCUAGUUCGUACAUUUGAGUUACGUGGGUGUUGUUAGUCGUAUCAUGGAGUCAGCUGAGACAAAGCCAAAGAAAUCAAACAAACCGAAAGGUAUCUUUGUGAGCUAUUAGUUGGCAUUCUGCUUCAGAUACACCUUUUCACCAGCAGCGUCUAAAGUCAUGGAGACCAAUUCUAACUGCUAGGAAUGCGUUUCCAAUAUUUCUCACUAUUGGAUUAUUAUCCAUACCAGUGGGUAUAGUUUUACUUGCAUCUUCUAAUAGCGUAAGUCUUCGUCUUGCUUCUUCACUUUGGUAAGGUUUUAGAGGUUGUUGUGGAGUAUACUCACUGCGAAGAUACCGUACGCCAUACACGAUGUUCUGAGUUGGUCAGACUUCCUGAUUUCUAUAGGACAUAUAAUAUAUGUUCAUGCAAAGUCGAAUUUGAACUCAAGGAAGAGUUCAAGGCGGUGUCCAAAAUCUGAUACUGAUGCAGUGUGCUACGCGUUACUUCCCAACUGACUGCUUAAGCGAGAACAGAAUAGGUCAAGUGUACUUUUACUAUGGCCUGUCAAAUUUCUUCCAAAAUCAUCGCCGCUACGUCAUAUCAAAGGAUGAUUACCAGUUACACGGUUCCGUGGAAACUCCAAAACCAAGUUGUGAACCGUAUCGAUUCGAUCCCAAUGGAAAAGUCUAUGCCCCAUGUGGAGCUAUUGCAAUGAGUUUAUUCAAUGACUCAUUUACUCUAAAAUAUCUUGGUAAAAGCUCCGAACCUCUUGCUAAACCAUUACAAGUUCCAAUGACCAAUAAGGGGAUCGCUUGGCGUACUGAUGUUGAAGAAAAAUUUGGAAAACCACCAGCUGAUUCAUGGGCAAACACAGUAAAGCCAGUUAGUUGGAAAAAGUCAGCUCUUGAACGCUCAUCUGGUGCAUAUAGCGAAGACGAAGAGUUAUUAGUAUGGAUGCGUGUUUCAGCACUACCAACAUUCCGUAAAUUACAUCGUCUAGUCACUCAUGUCGGCGCUUUUUCAAACGGUCUGCCAGCUGGAAUUUAUAGCGUUGAUAUUGAGUACUCUUAUCCUGUCACUCAAUUUGGUGGCACUAAACGAAUUAUACUGUCUACGAUGAGUUGGUUAGGUGGCCGAAAUCCAACAUUAGGAAUAUCCUAUAUUGUUGUGGGCAGUGUGGGUCUUAUUUUAGGUCUUAUAUUUUUCAUUCUUCACUUUCAUACAAUGAAGCAUCGAUAACCUAGCGUUCAUAAACAUCAAAUGACUUUUCGUCCAGAUCAUGAUUAGUCAUAUAAAAACUUGUUAGUCGUUCCAUAAGAUAUGAAGUAACUUCUAGUGAUAUAUUUUGAAGGGUCCUUUAUAAAGUAUUUUUUUAUUUAUAACUUUUAUUUUUUUUUGGAUUAGUAAUACUCACGCCCUUAAAAACAAACUUUUAAAUGUGAUAUUUUCAAGAUUUCUGGUAUAAUAUACUGUUCUUGUA